CCAUCGUCGACCCGUUAGAAAUCUGCUGUUGUUUUUACGUGCUCUCUUGGAUCUGAUCCUUUUACCGCCUUAUUCCCGGACGCGGUCAACGCCGCCGUGUUGAAAGAAGACCCCGACACCGUUCCAUCUCUUAGAAGAAAAAUCUUCAUAACCCUCGAUUUGUACAAUAUACCGGACAAGGCUGGCCUGUUGUUCUUUCUAAGCUUGAGAAUCAAUUCUAAUCACACGAUUACGGCUAUAUUUUAUAACAUAAUAAUACCUUGCACGCAUUUACUUUGGCAUAAUGGAUCACACCCGCGACCCGUGUCCCUAUGUCAUCCUCAGUGACUUUGGCGGUGCCUUUAGCAUGGGUGCUAUUGGUGGUGCAGUCUGGCACGGUGUGAAGGGAUUCAGAAACAGUCCAUACGGUGAACGGAGAAUAGGAGCUAUCACAGCUAUUAAGGCUCGAGCACCAGUUCUCGGCGGUAACUUCGGUGUCUGGGGUGGUCUCUUUUCAACAUUCGACUGUACAGUCAAGGGAAUACGGAAGAAGGAGGAUCCCUACAAUGCCAGUACGUCAAUCAUUUAUAGCAUAUCUCAACAUGUAGUAUUCAGUUGUGGACCUGUGAACUAACUUGCUGUCAUUAGUUAUUGCCGGAUUCUUCACUGGUGGUGCUCUGGCUAUCCGUGGUGGAAUGAGGGCUGCACGAAAUUCCGCCAUUAUGUGUGCUUGUUUCUUGGCUGUUAUCGAAGGUGUUGGUAUCGGGUUCCAGAGAAUGAUGGCUGAUAACACCAGAUUAGACGUGAGUUUUGUCCUAGAUUUUCUUCUCCUUUUCACUCCCGGCUAAUAUACAUCACUUAUAGGCGCCUCCACCUCCACCCAGCGGCUCAUCGAACACAAUGGCUGCAUAAUCAGUCCGAUCAUAUAUACCAAGUUGGCCUCGUCCCUCAAUUCUUUUCACGUCAACGAAUUCAUUUGGCCCCUAUUGCUUUGCUUGGGAUUUAACCUUGUCCCCAUAUUCUCCUUCAACUUUCCCAUCUUAUCUGGAGUUAUCCGGUCUCGUUUUAUUUGUCAGGGGCAUGGGUUAUAAAUAGAUGAUGCUUACUUGUCUUCCACCUUUCCCUCUGGUUUCCUUCAAUCCUCCUUUUUUAUCCUUCUUAUAAUGUCCUUAUUAAACUCCGAUUCUCACAGGGUGUCUCGAUCAAUCUCUGCCAAACGCCUGAAGGCUUCCUUUCACUGUUUCCCCCGAUCUCAUCCUAUUCAGCUACACCCAUAAAUGAUGCAUGUCCCCUAGCGCAUAUACGGGCAAUGCCGCGUACAUCUGCGACGCAUUCCCAAAUUCCCAUGGAUAUAUGCCCAAUUUCUCUCUUCUCUUUUGGCGCUAAUGAUUGUUGGAAAGCGAGAACGCCUUCCGUGCCCUGUACAUUACCUACACAUUGCAUUGAAAAAAAGCCAUGUCAAUCGCAACUAACUCAUUGAUCGUCGUUGUACCGUUUUAUUCCCUUUCGCCGCUUUAGCUCCACGUGACCAUACC